ACGACAACGACACGCGAGGGCAUCCAUAGCCUCUGUCACGACGACCACCACAAAUUACGCCCCGCAUCCGUACUCCAACUAGACAAUGGCUCUCCGAGAGCUGCCAUUGAGGGCUGCGGCCGUCUUCUCGAGAGACGCACGCCCUAUCCUAUGCGCAUUCGGAUCGUCACUCUCUUCCCGCCGCAAUGCCUCGACCGAUGCCCUCCAAGCCGUUGAGACCUCAUCGUCGUUCACUGGUUCCGCAGCCGCCGUAGAGGCCCCUAAGGACUUUGAUCCAAUUGCACGCAGUAAGGCAAGGCGAAGGGGAAAGAAAUAUCUACCACCCAGCAGAUAUCAAUACCGACCACCAAAAUACUACCGCGGCCCUUUCCACCCGCAUCAACCACCCCCCGAAGCCGACCCAGCAUCCCGUCUCUUCCAACCCGGCCCCUUCAGCCUUCCCCGUCUCGACCAAACCUACCAAAGCACCAUCGCAUCCGACCUCCUCACCCUCACAUACCAACACUACCCGCCGGGCUACCGCGCACCCGUGCAGACGCAGCGCCUUCGAGAAUGGACCGGCGACUCGCCGUACUACAAGAACCGACCGCUGCGGCCCCCUCGCGGCCGCGGUGACGAGCUCCGCCUGCUGACCGAGCCGCGCACCUUCCGCAACAUCCCCGAGAUCACCGGCGUCGUCGUGCACUCUAUGAUUCCGGAGGCACAGGAGAGCAGCGCGUACCUGCACGUCGGCGGCAUGGUGCUCCAGGCCAUCACGAACGUGCGUGCCGAGUCCCACAGAGCCAGGAACAACGUCCUCCAGUGGAACCUCCGCAAGGAUAAAUGGGUCUCGCUGACUUCGACUAUCGGGCAAGAGGAUGCGCAGCACUUCCUUUCCAAGCUCAUCGACGUCGUGCUGCCCAAGAUCAAGGAGUGGAAGGGCGUCGCUGCGUCUACCGGCGAUGGUAGCGGAAACAUCUCGUUCGGUCUCACUGCAGACCAGGUCGCACUUUUCCCUGAAGUCGAGGUCAACUAUGAUUCAUACCCACCAAAGAUGAUACCCGGUUGCCACAUCACCAUCCAAACCUCCGCAACCAACGACAAGGACGCCCACCUCCUCACCCAAGCCAUCGGCAUCCCGUACUACGGAAAAUUCAAGGACUAAAAGCCACAUUUAUCUUAAUUGAAACCCCUGUUUGAACUGUACGACUAGCCACAGAGAAAACGAGAUAGAAUGUAAAAAUGUAAACGCUCCUGUACCAAACACAAGCAAUAUAAUUGCGUGAACUAGAACGCUGCCGUCUCUGCAUUGUAUUAUGUACAUUCUGCUAAAGCUCUUGUAGUUUAGCAGAU